UUACUACUAAAAAAAUAUCAAUAAACUGCUGUUGUUUUAAUGGCUGGUCAGGUUGCAGAUUAUUAAAUAAAAAAACACAGUACCAAAUCUACACUGAUGAUAUGGUUACUAAUAAGACAUUUUAGCCCGUGUAAACAUUGUUAACAAUAAACCACGGUGAAACGCCAUAAUGAGCACGCGUUAAAACAUCAGCUCUGAUUGGAUAAUUGACCGGAAGAGAAAAUGAUCCAUGAUCAUGAAGGGAAAAAUGGGGUAGAAAAGCAAGCCGACACCUGCACUGGGAAUGGUCUCUCCCACUAUUCUGCAAGCCUCCCCUGAAUGAGUCAUCCAGCCGGCUCCUCAUUGGACAGGACCCUGCCGUCCCCAGGGAUUGCCUUGCAGCAGCAGCAGCAGAGCGGCCUUGCUUCCAUUCACAGAAACAUUGCAGCAAGGAGCAGCCCGUUGUUUUGAGCGAAGAGGCAGACAGACGUGCUGUGUUUUCUUUUUCUUUUUCUUUUUUUCCUCCUUUCUAUAUUUGCCAGGCAGGGAAAAAAAUGUUGGGAGGGAGACUGCAGUGCGAAAUCCGCAGCGGUGUGAGCAAGAGCGGAAGCUGCUUAUGAAUGAGCGUCAGGCGCUCUCGUUGCUGGACUAGAUGCUGCUGAGGACAUUUUUUACAUGAAUGGUGUGUGUGGCUGCAAGCUUUCUUCCUGCUACCACGGCGACCAGAGAUGCUUCAUCAUCAUCACCACCACCACCACCACCGCUCUUAAGGAGACUGGUGGGCUUCCUUUAUCGUCCUCUUGUGUUUUACAUCUUCUUCAUCGACUCAACUGCCUGAGAAAGAUGUCGGGUUUAUUUGGGUUGUAUCAUCUCUAUAGGUGGACCUGUGCAGCCUGCUGCAGCUGCGUAUUUUAGGCAGCUGUGUUGUUAUGAUGAUGCUAGUCUAUUGAGAGAUGAUAUUCAUUUUUAAAGAUACAUUGGCACACACGUCUACACACUUUCUCCAGAUAUUAAAUUGGUACCAAAUUAAUGCACUAAGCUAUUUCUAGUUAGGCUAAAGUUUCAUUAUCUGGUUUCUUUGCAUCCUCUAAGGUUAAUUUUCAUUUGGAUUUGAUUAGUUUUUUGUUUAUUAUCCAAAUUUUCAUCACAUAUUGCACAAAUUAAUCAAUAUUUUAGCAUAAUUUCACUCAACUUACAUCCCAUUCUUUGUUUUCCUUCUCAGUAAUAAUUCCAGAGCAUUCAUUUUUACAAACCGAUUGCUACUAGAGUGAUCUGCGAGGUUUUUUUCCUCCCCCCUUCCUCCUGCUCGCUCCCUCCAACAGGAAGUGAUUUGCAGUGUUCAGCAAGCCUUUUGUUGAGAAGGUUUUCUCACAUCAGUGAGUCAUGCUCUUGCUCUGAGCCGGUAGCAGCAGCAGCCAGUGCCGACGGACACACGGACAGACAGAGUGUUUGCUCCUCUUUGCGUCCCUCGUUGUAACCUUCCUUGUUUUUGGAGGCUAAAAAUCAUCAACACCACCAUCAUUGUAAGCAGCAGCAACAGCAUCACCGCUGGAAACCACAACAGCACAAGCAGCCCUUUAGCUCUCCAUCCUCUUCCUUGUUUCCAUGGAUUUCCUCUAUAUUUUUCUCUGUGGCCAACUGCGUUGAAGCUCUGGAUUUUAUCAAUCGGAAUCUGGCAGUAGCUCAACCGCCGUAACCUCUAAUCGAGAGAGAUCUCUGGCCUGUGAUUGCUACAAGGCGUUUGCCACCACCACAUCAACCACAACCACCACGGCCGCUGCUGCCAUGUUACAGGAGAAGGUAAUCAUCUCGGCGCAGCCACGUCUGCCAGCGCAUUCGUGAAAGAGGCGUGUGCGGUGUGUGUCGAGAAGAGCAGAGGGAAAGAGGGUAUGCUUCACCGUACCAAAUACAACCGCUUCAGGAAUGAAUCGGUGACAUCCGUCGAUGAUCUUGUCCACGGCCUGUCCAUGAACCCCAAGGUCUCGGGUGUACCCCAGCCUGCCACCGAGACAUCCUACACGCCCCCGACCGAGGUCCAGCCCUCGUCCACCUCCAACGCCCCAAGUGCACCCGCCGGCCAUGGCUCCGACCACCCGGACGAUGGAGGUACCCCUCUGUGCACCCUUAUCAACAAGGUGUCCAGCUUGAAGUUCAGCAACUCAGGGAGCCUGCUGGGCAUCAAGGGUCUGCCCUCGGCUGUCAAGGACCUGGCGGUGGCCAAGCUUCAAGGGGGCGGGGGCUUGGGGUCGGGUUGCUCCAGCAGUGUGUCGACUGCGGCGGGCUCUGGCUCUCUGUGCGGCUCGACGCCCUCCUGCUCGCAGCUGGAGCCUUCUGCCAGCAUGAACAAAAAGAGCAGGCUGGACGAGCUCCAGCCCAGCGGGGAGGACUGGAUCUCCAGAGGAGGUGGAGGACCGGUGAGCAAAGCCUUCAGAGGAUGGCUGCACUCCAGUGAGAAGAUCUCUGGGCCAGGAGUGACAUACAUAGUCAAGUAUCUGGGUUGCAUUGAAGUGCUGCGAUCGAUGAGAUCUUUAGAUUUCACCACACGAUCGCAAAUAACAAGGGAGGCCAUCAGCUUGGUUUGUGAGGCCGUUCCAGGGACCAAAGGAGCUCUUCGCAAGCGAAAGCCGCCCUCCAAAGCUCUAUCCAACAUCCUGGGGAAGAGCAAUCUGCAGUUUGCUGGCAUGUCCAUCAACCUGAACAUCUCCACCAGUAGCCUCAACCUGAUGACCCCUGACUGCAAACAGAUCAUAGCCAAUCAUCACAUGCAGUCCAUCUCCUUUGCAUCUGGUGGAGACCCUGACACAACUGACUAUGUUGCCUAUGUGGCAAAGGACCCUGUAAACCGAAGAGCAUGCCACAUCUUGGAGUGCUCAGACGGGCUGGCCCAGGAUGUCAUCAGCACCAUCGGCCAGGCGUUCGACCUUCGCUUCCAGCAGUACCUGCAGUGCCCGUCGAGCAAGCCGUCCGCCACGCACGACAGGGUGUUCAACGUGGAGGAGUUACCGUGGACGGAGGAAGAGGAGGAGUCAGCAGAGCAGCCUUACUACAACAACAUUCCUGGGAAGAUGCCGCCCCCCGGAGGUUUCAUUGACACCCGGCUAGCCAAUCAGAGCACGGCGUCAGACGGAAGCCAGGUACAGAUGGGCCCAAGCUCUGUGGAUCAGAACUAUUACCAAGGCCGGCACUGUGGAGACACCUGGGCAGAGGAGAGGAAGUCUGUCUUUGUACAACAAGGAUCCUUGGACAUAACCAGCGAGAGCAAAGGUCCGGCACCAAAGCCAGGAGACAUGCCCACAUAUAUGAACACCCAGCAGAUCGACGCACAGGUGCUGGCGGCACUCCAGGCGGAGUCGGAGCAAGUGACCAAGGGCAUGGCGGCCGCUGCCAGGGAGAACCCGCAGACGGACCUGUUUGACAUGAAACCCUUUGAGGACGCCAUCCAGUCCCAAGCCCCGUCGCAGGUGUCCGCUCUGCACAAGGCGGCGUCUGUGGACAACUCCAGCCCGCUCCUGGCUCGCUCCAUAGCCUUCCGAGCGCAGGAAGAGCUGGAGGGCCAGCCGUGGUACCGCGGCAAAAUGAGCCGCCACGACGCCGAAAAACUGCUGAGAGACGACGGAGACUUCCUGGUGCGCAAGAGCACCACCAACCCAGGCUCAUACGUGCUGACCGGCAUGCACAAGGGACUCGCCAAACACCUCUUGCUGGUGGACCCCGAGGGCACGGUGCGGACAAAGGAUCACGUGUUUGACAGCAUUAGCCACCUCAUUGGCCAUCACCGUGACAACAACCUGCCAAUCGUGUCAGCUGGGAGUGAACUGUGUCUUUUGCAGCCUGUCGUAUGGAAACAGUGACGCCCGCAAUGCCUGAUGGGGAGAACAGGAGGUUCCGAACUGUCCCUCCGACCAUCUCACAAACUUGAAGAAGAAGCGUGAGGGAAGCUGCUAAAAAAAAAAAAAAAAAAAAAGCCGGUUACUGAUCCACAGGAUUUGUCUAAGGAGAAAACAAAUAUUUAUUAUAGAACUGUUAUUUUGUUGUGACGACUGAAAUGCUAUAUUUUUGAGAAGACAUAGGACACGCGAUAUCUUGAUUUGGUGUUUGAAAAGAUGACAUACAAAACACAUUGUUGUAGUUUAGACAAACCUCAGAGAGGUGCGUUAACGAGAGUAUUUUAGAUGACAAAUUUUACUUUUUUGUCUGUCAAGCACAACCACAUUUCUACUGAAAACAUUUAAGCCCGCCCCUAAACACACACGUUCUUUAUAUAGAUGGAAAAAUGUCCCAAAUGGAUGGGUUUUUUUUUUUUUUUUUGCUUUCUUUUUCUUGGCAAAGUGUUGAAUGGUAAACACGUCCUUCACAGUGCUGUCAGUGGCUAUAAAGAUAAACUCUUAUUAUGAAAGGAUUUCUACCUUUGCUAGAAAGGAGCAUUAGGGCCACACUAAAAAGAAAAAAAAUCAAGUAAAAUUAUGUGGAAAAACAGUAAAGUUGAGAUAUUAGAAGACACAGUCGUAAUUUGAUGUGAAAAAUGUUGCAUUGGUGAAGUCCUGUCCACCUUUUUUCUCAUAAUUUCUAAAGAUAUUUUUGAAAAACUACAGCUAUUCUUGGACUAUUACGACUAGUAGAGUUCCGAGUUCCGACUCUCUGUCCUGAAUUCUGAUUAAAAAUUAUAAUUUUUCAAAAAAAUAAUAUUCUUGUGACAUUUUCUCAUAUUUUUUUUUAAUUUUUACUAUUCCAACUUUACUACUACAGUACUUCCAAUACAGCGUAGUUACGACUUUAUUCAGAUAAAAUUACGGAAAUGUUUUUUCGGCUUCCUCUCAUAAUAUUACUUUAAUAAAAUGCUGUCUAUCUUAAUUAAAUUAGGAGUUUUUUCUAAUCCUAUUACAACUUUACUAUAAUUAUGACUCAUUCAAAUAACCAUACACUAUUUUUCUGGUAUUACGAAGUUAGGUACAACUUUAUUCUAAUAAAAUAAAGAAGUUCUCAUACAGUUAUGCAGUUUGUUGUAAUAUCGCGACGUUAAGCUUUUUCUCCCGGCAUUAGUUUAUUCUGAUAUCAUUUUCAUUCUCUCAUAAAAUCGAUUUUUUUCUUCGCAAAAUAUUACAUUAUACUAUUAUCUUUUUUUUUUGUAUGCAUUUUUAUUCCUGUAACAUUUGAACAUUUUCUCAAUAUUUCGACCUUAUUCUUGUAAUUCUAAGACUUUAUUCUGAUUGUACUGCACUAUUGAUUCUUUUCAGUGUGGCCCCAAUACUCCUUCGUAGGUCGCUUCACUGGGUUGCAUGCAUUUUUUAUUUUUUUAAAGUGAACAUUGUCUAAACUCCUUACAACGCUUUUAUUUGGAGGAGGGGCUUGUUUGUGCUGACACUUGAAAAAUAUUUACCCUUUUAACACAAUCCCCAUUUGGGUUGUUGUUGUUCUUUCUAGGUGUUUUAUCUGUGAUUGUUGAGGGAUUUGUCUAGCACAUUUCUUUUGAAAAUUAGAAUGACCUGAGUGACCACAAUAGCACAAUCACAAAGUUGAGCAUGAUCACACGUAAGCGAGAUUUCCCUUCUGUUGCAACUUGGUGUCAGCACAGUGGCGUUCCUCCACACUGAAGCCUCGUCCCUCACUAGUAGCAAAAAAAUGCUCUCUCGGCUUUAUGUGGCUUACUUGAAUUGGACAGGCCCAACUUUCUCCUCAGUGCUCUCAUCCGUCAGAACCAAAUGGAAAGGAAGGGAGGUUGACUCUUUCAGUUGCAGUUGAACCAAAAUCAGCAUGCGUUCAAUGGGUUUAACCAGACCGAUGCAAUGUAAUAUAUAUAUAAUAUAAAUCGUGCCUGUAUUUUGCUGCAAGGGGGGGAAGUGUACAGUACAUGUUUGCAUCAUGUUUGACAGCGAGUGUGAUUAUUCAAGUGUCACAUCGCACAUACUUUCAACGGGGAAUUUUCAACAUUGGGCAUUUUCCGAUAUCAUUAAUGAGAAUUAAUUUGGAAAAAAACACCAUGAAGUAUUCUAGAAAAACGCAAUAUUAUUAGAACACAUUUUCCCAAGAAAAUGUACGGUACAAAUCAUCCAAAUGGGCAGAAAAUGCGUUGUUUUGUUUUGUUUUUUUAGAAUUUUUCAAGUCAAAUUUCUGGUAUUUUGCAACGCUAUACCAGAAUAUUUGUUUUAACAAAGACAAAGAAAAGGAUGCAAAAUUAUAUUUACCCCCUCCCCCCCCCCCCCCCAACACACCCCUCACCAAAUGUUGCUUUUUACAUUAAAAUACACAAUUUAAUCACAUCAUUUCAGAAAUUGUUGAAAUUAAGACGUCAAUUUAAAAUAUCCAUUCCCAUCCAAGAACAUGGCUUUCUUUCCUGGGGUUUUUGUUGAUGAAAAUGUGCCUUUUCUUUGUACAAACUAUGGCUGUUUUUCAUUUCUUCUUCAAAGUGCAAUAGGUGAUGUUCAAUGGAGCAUGCCUGUUCUCCACUUGUGGAGCUCGUUGUGUUUUUUGGCCCUGCUGCGUGUUGCUGCUCGACACCACCUUCCCCUCUCUUAUUAUUAUUAUUAUUAUUAUUAUUAUUAUUGUAUACAUGUAGUGUCAAUGUAAUCUUUUUUUCCACACAAUAUACAACAUUAUCACAUAGAAUCACACAAGAAGUCACUAUUUUAGGAACAAGGCGUAAAGAGAGAGGGAAACAAGGAAAGUUAAUCUUUUGGUUGUCGAGGUUUAACAUUCUUCUGUAUGACUGUUGGCAAUAAAAACGUGAAUGUGUAGAAAUUCUGCUUAUUAAUGUAAUCACUCUAUUUGCAUUGUUUUAUUUCCGCACUGCAUCAUUCUCAGGCUGUUUCUAAUAUUUGUAUGCCUUUCGUUUUGGCAGACCGCAAAUAGAGGUGAGGUUUAUGUUGAAGGGGGAAGGAAUACGUCACCGGGACGGAUGGCGACCUCUACUGGCCACGUGAGGUAACCACCUGUAACACUUCCACAUGCAACUUUCAAAACCAACACGCUCAAGACUGUCGCUGACCGUGCGUUUAUUACACUUACUCAGUUAUAAAGUUCAUUUAGUACAACUUUUCUAUACAGAAUGUGCACUUAUGGAUGAUUUGGAUUUGUGCUGACCACCAGGUGGCGCCCUUACACUGCAAACGGCACAGCAGCAGCUUAUGUUGCGUCCUUCCAUUCAAGUAUCAUGCAGCAAAGAUGGUGGGACGAGCUUGUUUGGGAGAUGUGACGGCGGUCGUUUAUCAUACAGAAUGAGUGCAUAACGAGUCAUAAUAAAUAAUGGCGAUCGUCUCAAACGAUCACACGGCAUUAGGACUAGAAUAUUCAUUUGUAGCUGGAUUUACACUGCAGGAUUUAGUGGCCAAUUUAGUGCCCUAAUCUGAUUUAGGUCACGCCAGUACACAGUGAACAAAUGGGGGCCAUUGUUUUUCCGUUUAAUGUGGGGUUCUUAGUUUUGUUCCGGUGGCUGCA